AUUAUUUAUUGGAGACAUAUGCCCUGAACAUAAAAAGGUUGCUAUGAUCAUUAUUUUAUUUAGAAUGAAAUUACAUUUUGGUAAAAAUAUAACAUGAAUUUCAGGAAAAAAAAUCCACUGAAUAUUUAGCAUACUGCUUGAAAUAUAAAUAGAGCAAUAAGACAAGAGAAAGAUAAAAAAGAGUUAUAUGUAAACAAAAAAGAAAAAUCAAAGUAUCUCUACUUGCAAAUGUCAUAAUACUGUACUUUAAAGAUUCUACAAGAAAACUCUUAGACCCUCUAUCCACUUUCAUCAAAACAGUAGAGCACAAAAUCUACACACAAACAUCACUAGCCAUUUAAAUAUAGCAAUAAUGAACUUUCUUAUAAAAAUUAGGAAAAAUUCCAUUUACAAUAAUUUUUAAAAUGCUGUGGAAUAAACUCAACCAAGGAAAUGCAAGACCUCUACAAUGAAAACUUUGAGAUGCGGCAGCAAGCCUUCCUCUGCUUGUGGGCUGACACAGGAGAGUCAAGAGGGACCAUCCUGCAGAUUCAACCUUCAGAGUCAAGUGCAAUCCAAACGAAACUGCAAUGACUCUCCUCACAAAAAAGCAGCAACAACAAAUUAAAAAGUACAUAUGGAUGGACAGAGAUCACAUAGUCUAACCAGUCCUAAGCAGAAAGAAUAAUGCCGGAAGUACCACAGUACUGGAUCUUCACAUUAUACUAAAGAGCCACAGAACAAAAAGUACGUGCCACUGGCAGAAGGAAACAAAGGAGACAUGUAAGCCAGCACACUAGAACUGGGGAUCCACAAGCAAAUCUAUAUAGCAAUAAGACUAUCAAAAUUAUACAUCAGGAAAAAGGGUGCUGGUCACCGUUUAUAGAAAAAUGAAGCUUGAUACAUAUUUCUUUAUUGUGCACACAAAAAAAAAUCAAACGUAAAAUGGACCAACAGCAUUAGAGGACCUGAAACUUUGAAACAACUAGAAUAAAACAGGAAAAACACCUCAAAGUGUAGGCAUGGGCAAGGGAUUUCUGAGAAGGACUCUACUAACACAGAGUAUAAUCCCCAUGGGUUAUGAGACUACACAAAACUAAAGACGUUUCUACCUCAAAGAAAACAGCCACUUGACUGAAGACAGAGCCUGCAGAAAGGAGGGGAAAACCUUUGCUAACUACACAUCAAAUGGGAACAAUAGAGCAGUGGCUCUCAACCUUCCUAAUGCUGCUGUCCCUUUAAUACAGUUCCUCAUGUUGUUGCUUCUUCAUAAGUGUAAUUUUGCUACUGUUAUGAAUGAUUAUGUAAAUACCUGACAUGCAGGAUGUCUGAUAUGUGACCCCUGUGAAAGGGGCAAGACCCACAGGUUGAAAACUGAUUUAGAAAAUGCACAGAAUCGCAAAAAGUAAACAGCAAAGACAAGUCAUCAGUGAACAGGCCAACGAGCGGGAGAAACGGGUCUCAGAAUAGGAAACAGACGUAAAGUGAGGUGGCAUACGGUAUCUUCAGCCAUCAGAGAAAUGCAAAUUAAAAGAAAGGCUGUUAAGAAAACCAAUCACAGCUGGGCAUGGUGGCACGUGCCUUUAAUCCCAGCACUUGGGAGGCAGAGGCAGGCAAAUUUCUGAGUUCGAGGACAGCCUGGGCUACACAGAAAAACCCUGUCUCAAAAAACCCCCAACCCCCCCCCCCCCAAAAAGAAAAGAAAACCAAUCACAGCAGACAGUGGGGGUGCAUGCCCUAAAUCCCAGCCCUUGGGAGGCCGAGACAGGCACUCUCUGUGAAUCCAUGGCCAGGUUGGUCAGAGAGACCAGGCCAACCAAUCCUACACUGAGAGAACCAGUCUGUAACAAACAAACAAACAAAACAGACAGAAAACUAAAACAACCAAACAAAAGGAAAGAAAAAGAAAGAAGAAAACAGACCUGCUGGUGAUGAUGUGGAGAGUAAAGGAAUUCUUAUGCUUUGUAGGUGGUAAUGUAAGCUGGCCCAGCUUCUCUGGAAGUCAGUGUCUAAGUCCCCCAAGAAACUAAAAAUAAAACUACCAUAAAAGUUAGCUCUGCCAUUCUUGGGAACAAAACUUAAAGUCAACACACCAGAGAUACUGGCACAUCCAUAUUUAUUGUUGCACUAGUCCUUAUAGCUAAGAAAUAGAACUAGUUUAUGUGUCCAUCAGCAGAUAAGAAAAUAUACAUAAUGGAUUUUUUUUCAAUCGCAAACCCCCUCGGAACCAGGUUUUUUUUUUUUUUUUUUUUUGAAAAAGCAAGGAACUGGAGAUCAAAUAUUAAGAAAAAGAAGCCAUACUGAAAAAGACAAAUAACAUUUUCUCUCAUACACAGCAUCUAGAUUAAAAAUGUGUAUGUGUCAUGAAAGUUCAAACAGGACCAUGAAAAGGGAAGAAAAGGUCUGUAGGGAGGGAAGCAGUGGAGAAUCUAAUGGAAAUUCACAGGACAAUGAAAGCAGAAUGGAUGACUAAGAGGGGGAGAGCACAAGGAAGAGAGGGAAGAAAGUAGUAUGGAGGAAAUCAAUGGGGAAGGUAGAUAAAAUAUUUGUGUGUGUAUGUGUGCCAUAAUGGAAUUCAUCACCCUGAAUACUAACUAAAAAAAAAGUAGAAUAUUUGAGUAUAUAUAGUAGUAACUUCCAUUCUUUGACUUCCAGAGUUGAGGUAGAAAGCUACACACCAGAGAUGUGAACAGUUUCUCACUAGGUGGCUCUCUUUCCCGUGAGUGGGCGGUGCGUUGGCGCUGGUGGAAGAUAGGGGCCAUUGUACUGCUGCAAUCGCCCAUACGUCAUAGCGCCUCACACUCGCGCUUGCUUGCAGCAUGAGGGGGCAUAGUUCACUUUCUAUUUCGUUAAUGACAUGCUGUCCUUGAGAAUGAUGUCCAAGUGGGCUGUACUUUCGUUUCCUGAGAACAGAAACACGUUCCAAAUAAACACUGUUCUAGGUUAAUAGGAGUUGGAUUCAGAGAAAGACCUGUAAAGCGAUUCUUUAGGCAGCAUGGAAAAACCGGAAGAUAUCAGGUACCCAAACCAAAACCAAGAUCCCAUUGAAAAUGCUGGUUUUAACUAUACAGUGAGGACUGCGUUCUUGGAUCUUAUUCUAAAACACUUUAGGAUAGCUGCUUAUAUAACUUUCAACAUCAAUUGAAAAUAAAACCUGUAAAAUAUCAAUAAUUACUUCAUUCCAUCAGAAUGACUUAUUCUACACGAUUCCACAUCAUCAGGAUCCAUUAUUUCUAUUUUAACCCUAAACCUGACACAAAAUGCUUAAAAUAUUCGUUCUCAAAAUGGAAAAUUAUUUUCUUAAACUCCCUCAUGCAGAUAAAUCUAGAUACUUUUUUUUUAUGGCAAGUUCUAAAACACUGCAGAUGUUUUUGAGGAGGGGGUCUUUGGAGAUCAACCUUCGAUGACGGAGCGUCUUUUCUCUCUGAGGGUACCUCUGGAAAGAACGUCAUCAGCCUUUCUGAUCGCUCUCCAUUCUAAAUGCCUAAGAACUGCGUGUUAGCCUCCUAGGCUGGGUUCGAGCUCUCACUAAGUCGCCUACGGGAGGUCUCGCCGGUGAUAUCGAGUAGGAAUUAGGCAAGGGUCGACCGGCUACAAAAAGUCGAACAUUCGCGAUCGCCGGAGCCGCAUCUCGGUUGUCAUGUGCCCGUCUCUUCCCUUAGGGACCCGCUUCUGGCGGGAUCCCGCUGCCCAGCCUCAAACAGUGGUGGGGAAGCCCCUUCCCUUUCCUCUGACUUCGCAGCAUCGCCCUCGCUUUCUCGUUCCCACCCACUCGCCGCCGGCCUUCAUAACCUGCCUUUUCUUCUCGGGCCCGGCCCUCUCCCUACCCGGCUCAGAUAGGCAACGAUGGAGGUGGUUUCCACCCUUGGGGGACUGGCAAUGCCUAAAAUGAAUGCUUCGGGGUCUCCCCCAAUUUUUGCUGGGAGAGUAAGGGAGGAAGAAAUGGACUUUCCUACUCGGAUAACCAUUUCGACUUCUGGCUUUUAAAAAGGCAGGGAAUCCAAGUGGGGAAUCCUGGGCAGUUUCCAGGGAACCCGUUUCUCUACGGGAGGGUCACCCUGUCUACACACGGCAGUUACUAUGACAAUACAACCACAGCCUCCAGUUUCCAUGGCAGCGGCCUGCCCAAUCGGAUUGGUUUUCCUUUCUAUUUCUCCCUGGGCUCCGCCCUAUUCCCCCCCCCCCCCCCAACCUUCUCCCAGAGUGCCCGGGGAGGGGCGGCUGAAACGGGGGAGGCCUCUGCGUCACUCUCCGGCGCGCGAGGGGACGACCGGAGUCGAGGAAUUGGCGGGCGGAACUGUAGGAGGAAGGGGUGGCGUUUCCGGCGGGGAAAGUGGAGGAGUGGGAAAAAAAAAAAAAAGAAAGAAGGAAGGAAGUGAGAAGUGGGCGGGUGGCCGGGCGGAAGGCUUUGAGUGUGACUCCGGGCUGCUCUGGGCUCGAUGUCCGCGGUGAGCCGGGGGCCGCCCCCGCGCCCGGGAGGAACAGGACGGAGCCUUAGGAGGCCGCCGGGCACCAGCACCGGAUCGUUCGGCCGGCGCGCGGGCACCGCACCGCUCGCCGAUCCCAAGAGGGAGCGCUACAGAGCGGCGGAAAGCACCCAGAGGGACCGGCGCUGCUGAAGUCUCGCGAGAGCGAACCCGACUUCCUUCCUCUGCUUCUCCCCUCCUCUUUCCCCGCCCCUUUCCCCUUCUUUUUCCCCCCCCCCUCCGGAGCCGGAGCGUCCCUGCGCCCCACAGGCCAGAGCCGCAGCCGCUGCCGGAGCCGCUCCCCCCAACUCCCUCCCCCUCGCCUCACUCACUCUCCCCCCCCCCCACCCCGCGCCAAGCGAGGAGGAGUCGGAGGAGAGGAAGAUGGCGGCGACCGCCAGCACCCGCGGGGCCGCGGGGCCGCUCCGAGGAGCCUGAGAGACCCACGGAGGCUUCGCGGCGAGACGCGGCGGCGGAGGAUGAGCCUGCAGAGCGCGCAGUAUCUCCGAGUGUCUUAGACCAUUCUACCUUGUGAAAACUUGGAUGUUCUUACAGAUAGUCAUUGUGGGAGAACGUUUCAUUUAAGUCCCAGAUGAGGACCGAAAACUUGAAAUCAGAGGAGCAUCUGAAAUCAAGUAAUAUUAGGCAGGCAGAAGUCCUGAAGGCUGAAAUGACAGAUUCUAAGCUGGGUCCGGCUGAGGUCUGGACAUCCAGGCAAGCUCUGCAGGACUUGUACCAGAAAAUGCUAGUUACUGAUCUGGAAUACGCUUUAGACAAGAAAGUAGAACAGGAUCUCUGGAAUCAUGCCUUUAAGAAUCAGAUCACAACACUGCAAGGCCAAGCCAAGAAUCGAGCAAACCCAAAUCGAAGUGAAGUCCAGGCAAACCUUUCUCUGUUCCUAGAGGCAGCUAGCGGCUUCUAUACUCAGUUAUUACAGGAACUGUGUACGGUGUUUAAUGUAGAUUUGCCAUGCCGUGUGAAGUCUUCCCAGUUGGGAAUUAUUAGCAAUAAACAGACGCACAGCAGCACCAUAGUGAAGCCACAGUCUAGCUCCUGCUCCUACAUUUGCCAACACUGCCUCGUCCACCUUGGAGACAUUGCUCGAUACAGAAAUCAGACUAGCCAGGCAGAGUCCUACUAUAGGCAUGCAGCUCAGCUUGUCCCCUCCAAUGGUCAGCCUUACAAUCAGUUGGCUAUCUUAGCUUCUUCCAAAGGAGACCACCUGACCACAAUUUUCUACUACUGCAGAAGCAUUGCUGUGAAAUUCCCUUUCCCAGCUGCCUCCACUAAUCUACAAAAAGCACUUUCUAAAGCACUGGAAAGCCGGGAUGAGUUGAAAACCAAGUGGGGUGUUUCUGACUUCAUCAAGGCCUUUAUUAAAUUCCACGGUCAUGUAUACCUGAGUAAGAGUUUGGAAAAGCUGAGCCCUCUUCGAGAGAAGUUGGAAGAACAGUUUAAGAGACUGCUGUUCCAAAAGGCUUUCAACUCUCAACAGUUAGUUCAUGUCACUGUCAUUAACCUGUUUCAACUUCAUCAUCUUCGUGACUUUAGCAAUGAAACAGAGCAACACAGUUACAGCCAAGAUGAACAGCUGUGUUGGACACAGUUGCUGGCCCUCUUUAUGUCUUUUCUCGGCAUCCUGUGCAAAUGUCCUCUCCAGAAUGAUUCUCAGGAGUCCAACAAUGCCUACCCCCUUCCUGCAGUCAAGGUCUCCAUGGACUGGCUAAGACUCCGACCUAGAGUCUUUCAAGAAGCAGUGGUGGAUGAAAGACAGUACAUUUGGCCCUGGCUAAUUUCUCUUCUAAAUAGUUUCCAUCCCCGUGAAGAUGAUCUCUCAAAUACUAAUGCCACACCACUUCCAGAGGAGUUUGAAUUACAAGGAUUCUUGGCUUUAAGACCUUCUUUCAGGAACUUGGAUUUUUCCAAAGGCCAUCAGGGUAUUACAGGAGACAAAGAGGGUCAACAACGACGAAUACGACAGCAGCGUUUGAUCUCCAUAGGGAAAUGGAUUGCUGAUAACCAGCCACGGCUGAUUCAGUGUGAAAAUGAGGUAGGGAAAUUGUUAUUUAUCACAGAAAUCCCAGAAUUAAUACUAGAAGACCCCAGUGAAGCCAAAGAGAACCUCAUCCUACAAGAAACAUCUGUGGUAGAGUCACUGGCUACGGAUGGGAGCCCAGGACUGAAAUCAGUGCUGUCUACAGGCCGAAAUCCAAGCAACAGCUGUGACUCAGGAGAGAAACCAGUGGUCACCUUUAAAGAGAACAUUAAGCCACGAGAAGUGAACCAAGGAAGAAGCUUUCCUCCCAAAGAGGUGAGAAGGGACUGUAGCAAAGGCGUAACUGUAACUCAGGAGGACGGACAGAAGGACAGCAGCAAGAGGAGAGCUGAGACCAAGAGAUGCACCUUAGGAAAGUUGCAGGAAACAGGAAAGCAGAGUGUGGCAGUGCAGGUAAAAUCCCAGACAGAACUAAGAAAGACUCCAGUGUCUGAAGCCAGGAAAACGCCUGUCACUCAAACUCCAAGUCAAACGAGUAAUUCUCAGUUCAUCCCCAUCCAUCACCCUGGAGCCUUCCCUCCUCUUCCCAGCCGACCAGGAUUCCCGCCCCCAACAUAUGUUAUCCCCCCUCCUGUGGCAUUUUCUAUGGGCUCAGGUUACACCUUCCCAGCUGGUGUUUCUGUCCCAGGAACCUUUCUUCAGUCUACAGCUCACUCUCCAGCAGGAAACCAGGUGCAAGCUGGGAAACAGUCCCACAUUCCUUACAGCCAGCAACGGCCCUCUGGACCAGGGCCAAUGAACCAGGGACCUCAACAGUCACAGCCACCUUCCCAGCCACCCCUUACAUCUUUACCAGCUCAGCCAACAGCACAGUCUACAAGCCAAUUGCAGGUUCAAGCUCUAGCUCAGCAACAGCAAUCCCCUACAAAAGUCAUACCAGCUUUGGGGAAAAGCCCGCCUCACCACUCUGGAUUCCAGCAGUAUCAACAGGCAGAUGCCUCCAAACAGCUGUGGAAUCCCCCUCAGGUUCAAAGCCCACUAGGGAAAAUUAUGCCUGUGAAACAGUCCUACUACCUUCAGACCCAAGACCCUAUAAAACUGUUUGAGCCGUCAUUGCAACCUCCUGUAAUACAGCAGCAGCCUCUAGAGAAAAAAAUGAAGCCUUUCCCCAUGGAGCCAUAUAACCAUAAUCCCUCAGAAGUCAAGGUCCCAGAGUUCUACUGGGAUUCUUCCUACAGCAUGGCCGAUAACAGAGCAGUAAUGGCUCAGCAACCAAAUAUGGACCGCAGGAGCAAACGGUCACCUGGAGUCUUCCGUCCAGAACAGGAUCCUGUGCCCAGGAUGCCAUUUGAGGACCCCAAGAGCUCCCCUCUGCUUCCUCCGGACCUGUUAAAGAGUCUGGCUGCCUUGGAGGAAGAGGAAGAGCUGAUCUUUUCUAACCCUCCUGAUCUUUACCCAGCUCUGCUGGGUCCUCUCGCCUCUCUUCCUGGACGAAGCCUCUUUAAAUCCUUAUUGGAGAAGCCUUCUGAGCUCAUGUCACAUUCAUCUUCUUUCCUGUCCCUCACGGGGUUCUCUGUCAAUCAGGAAAGAUAUCCAAACAGCAGUAUGUUCAAUGAAGUGUAUGGAAAAAACCUGACAACCAGCUCCAAGGCAGAACUGAACCCCUCAGUCGCCUCCCAGGAAACAUCACUGUACUCCCUUUUUGAAGGGACCCCAUGGUCUCCAUCACUUCCUGCCAGUUCAGAUCAUUCGACACCAGCCAGCCAGUCUCCUCAUUCCUCUAACCCAAGCAGCCUGCCCAGUUCUCCUCCAACGCAUAACCAUAAUUCUGCUCCAUUCUCUAAUUUUGGACCCAUUGGGACUCCAGAUAACAGGGAUAGGCGGCCUGCAGAUAGGUGGAAAACUGAUAAACCAGCCAUGGGUGGUUUUGGUGUUGAUUAUCUCUCAGCAACGUCAUCAUCUGAGAGCAGUUGGCAUCAGGCUAGCACUCCGAGUGGCACCUGGACAGGCCACGGCCCCUCCAUGGAGGAUUCCUCUGCUGUCCUCAUGGAAAGCCUAAAGUCUAUCUGGUCCAGUUCCAUGAUGCAUCCUGGGCCCUCCGCUCUGGAGCAGUUGUUAAUGCAGCAGAAGCAGAAACAGCAGCGGGGACAAGGUGCCAUGAACCCUCCACACUGAGGCCACAGGAGCAACCCAGGGAAUGAAGGCUCCAUAAACCAUGGCAUGUUGGGUUUGCAGGACUGACCCACACAGUCUCUGCAGGUGGCAGCUCUCUUGUCUGUUUCUUGCUGUCGAGAGGGUGUAAGUGUUCCACCAGCCCGCUGAGUGUGCACGAAAUGUUCGCAGUGCAACAAAAAGAAAAAACCAUCAGGAACUCUCGUUCCCCCGGGGCUUUCCGGAGGGAGAGAGGAGCUGCUGUUUGUCCCACUCGGUUACUGAUAGCACGCCUCUCACCUUCUCCACCGCGCAUGUCCCCAACACGUGGGAAGUGGAAGCUGAGAAGGGAAGGCAGAUGGGAGAAACCAAUAGGAACUUCUCAGUCCUUUUUUCCUCUUUGGGGAAUAAAAUAGGAAUCCAUUAUGAGUGCUUUGCUGACUGAGAAUGUAGUUGAAAUUAUUCUUAAACAUCUUUUAUUAUUACUCUCAGUAGCAAAAUAUCACACUGAAUUCUUCCAUACACAGGCGUAUUUCUAGUCAGUGUGGAGCAAAGACAGUCCCGUUUGCUGCUCCUGUGAGAGGUCAGUGGUGACAGGACAGGGAACUGACCUCUUAAGCCAGUGGGAGUGUUUCAUAGGGAGGGUACAAGGCCUCUUAGAAGGUUCUGGGAGAGGCCUUCCUCCAGCCUGGAAACUCCAGCAGGAAAUGCCCUUCACUCUGUAGGUGCUCGAGCCCCAAUAGAGGAUGCAGUGUGGGUAGUGCUGCUGGCCUAGACCAGCAGAUGGCUGCUGUACGAUUUCAAAUUCAUGUGGUGGAUUCCUACACUUUACAGUAGCGUAGCAAGCAGUCUCAGAAGGCAGGCUAGUUCAUUCACGGCCUGGAACCCAUUUUAAUAGGUGGAUGCUUUCAGUGUGGUUCUUUUUGUUGAGUUGGUUUUUGUGUCCCCAUCCUGCUUCCCAGCCUCUUGCAUCAGUCUCCACCCUUUAGCCAUAUGCUGUACCGUAGUCAUUGUUUUCUUCCUACCGUGUACAACAUCUCACCACGAAACAGCAGCAUGGGGCCAGCACUUGGGGCCCAAAAGCCUGAAGUCUGAAGAGGAAGGAAGCGGCAGUGCAAGCGUCACUGCAGAGGAGCCGGGCUAUGCCCAGUCACAGCUCCUGGCCUUCACCUCGAGGAUGAAGUUGAAGGCCACAGAGACAGAUGCACACUGUGCACAGAAGAAAACACAGCAGAUGCCACUUUGGAGAGGGCAAGAGAAAGGAAUAAACUCUAUUUGAUAAUUUAUAUUAGGAGGAAAGAGGACUGAAGAUGUUCUGUGUAGGAACAGAAGAACGGACAGCAUUUCUGUUAGUCAUUUCCUGGAAAAGUAAUAUUUUAAUGGGAAAUUAUGGAAACAAUCUAAAUGUCCAAUUGCUGUGCUAGGGUAGGGAUUAUUUUCUGGGAGGUGUGUGUGUGUGUGCGCGCGUGUGUGUCCCACACAUGGCUUUCUACUCUCCCAGAGGGCAAGGGCUAAGUGUGGGAAAUAGUGUGGAGCUUAGCUGAAGGACAGCUGUAGAGCAAAGCACAUCCAGGAGCCCCAGGUGUCACUGGGGUCUGGGCAGCCCCGAAAUGAGAUGGGGUAAGGUAUUGCUCAUUGCUCUUCAGAAAGAGUGCUUGAAGCCCCAGGCUUACUCUAUUGCUCUUUUAGUUUGACAUGGUAUUUGGAUUUUUUUUCUUUUUUCUUUUUUUUUUUGUUUUUUUGUUUUUUUGUUUUGUUUUUUGGGUUUUGGUUUUUGUUUUGUUUUGUUUUUGAAAGGUCUGAAAGUGAAACCCUUCACUAAAUGGCAAAAGAAACUGUCUGUGCUGCUCCAGUCCCUCCCUGUGUCCAUCUUUGUCCUCUCCCUGUCCCUUCCCUGCUACCUUCACCCAGUUUGUGUAUGUAAGCUCUGCAUUCAGACAGCUGCAGCAUUCCGAGGUUGGAAAUGUCACUGAUUCUUGCACCUUAGACCAGCCAACAGGUUUACCAGUUCCCUCCCUGCAGUACCCACUUCCCAGCUAUAGCCCCAGUCUGCAUGAGAAUUUGGUGUUUGGAAUGUUUAUGACUCUCUCGGCGGGGUUCCUCGCCUUGCCAUCCUCACUGUGGGGUAAUGAAGAAGGGGAGGAGAAUCUUCAUCAACUGGUUUUGUGUAAUAAACUUUCGUGUUUUGUUUUGAUUUGAUUUGAUUUGGGGUUGUUUUUCCCCCCUGUCUGUCUGUCUGUGCAAGAUCUGCAGCUGCUGAAAUCAGCUUUGCCUUUAAUUAAACCGUGUUCUCUCCAAGCA